AUGGCGGCGGCUGCGGCUCUUCCAACCUUCCCUAGACUGGUCUUCACCGUCUUCGAGCCCAUCUCACUCGUCGGCGGUUUCCUAGGGGCCGUUAUUAAUCCGGAUUGGUUCAUAUCCGAGCAGAUCGUACAGGGCGCCAUCUCGGCCGCCGUGCCAACUGCGGAAUCUGAUAAUGCCCGUCUCGUGGCCCUCCAGCUCGGAAAUAUAUACCUGCUCAUGGCCAUGGUCGGGCUAGCCGUGCUCAACCUCACCAACGAGCUAAAGGUUGUGCGCGGCUACCUCGUUGCUCUUUGGAUAGCCGACCUUGGUCACAUUUACGUAUGCUAUCACGUUAUGGGCCUCGAUCGCUUCCUCGACGUGGCGAGCUGGAAUUCCAUGGCCUGGGGCAACGUGGGUGUCACGGCCCUUCUCUGUCUGACCAGGACGGCUUACCUUUUAGGCCUCUUCGGAAAGGAUGUCCCUCUCAAGAACUUGGAAAAGAAGCAGCAUGCAUCCAUAUGUAGAGAGUGCUUCUACGUCUGCGUGUUUCUGUGUUUGCCUGUGGUCGAGAGGCAGAACCCACUUAUACGGCCGUUCGUCGCCACACGAGCUUUUAACCACAACCAAACGCAAUACACUGGAGAAGAGUUCUACAUCAUGGACUUCAUCAAAGUAUAUCAACCUGAAGCCAACUUGUUUUUCGCCACAAACGAAGAAGUGGACAAUGCCAACAACGUUUCGUCAAAUGCAAACGAUAGGCUCGAAGUUUCUCCAGUGAGACCGGCGGGUGACAGUGAAAGCCUGCGCUUCGUGAUGAACCUGCCGUUCUUUCAUCAUCCAGAGCACAGUGUGAACGCGUCAAGCCCCACACCUCGAUCAACAUACACCAAUCCGAUCAUCGUCGGGCAAUCCCAGUCAUUCCAGGAACAACAUAACGAGUCAUACAGCAUGGCCCGCACAAGAACGGGCCGUGGCGCUCCGGAGUCUCCGGGGAAUGAUGUCCAGGACCCUCGUUCUGUGCGGUUGGCACGACGUCGAGCAGGCGGCGCAAACAUGACAGAACGCGUCGAAAGCACCGAAACCACCACCGUCUCUGCAUCUGCUGCAUCUCGGCCAACGACGCGAGGUAGGGGAAGAGAUAAGGUCGCCCCGACGAGCACCACAUUGCGAGAGAUGGCGGAAGAACGGGAAGAAAGGGAGGAAGAUGUGGAGAAGAGGGAAGAGGAAGAUCUGUACAGAAACGAACCAGUUGCGCGCUUCAAUGCGAAGGAGAUUGUGCGAGACAUCAACCCCCAAGAUAACAACAGUGUGGACCAUCUGAAGUGCAAGGUUAACAACCACCCGAGAAAUGGGAUCGCAGAGCAUCUCCGGCACACAGAGAUAUGCGACCCCGGCCUACAUGACUGCUGCAUACACGUUGUUCUCAAGUUCGUCAACGCUGCGCUCUCUCCCUUGCGGAGACGUAUUUCACUAACCCUCCCACAGAAGCACCGGGCUCAUCAGCACCGAGAGCUUCACAAGCUACCGGGAAUAGAGGAUGACGGCAGUGACGACGAGUCGGAGAAAUCCGACAUCGAAGAUGACGCAUCCCAGGAUCUCGUCGAAGCAGAACUAAAGGAGAACGCGCUCGACUCAUUAUGGCACGAAUCCGAAGCCCUAGCGAGACUGCUCCGGAACCCAAAACCAGGUAGCAAAUCCUGGCACCGGCUGCUGCCCGUCUUCCGGGGCAACUGGUUCCGCAUCCGCGAGUUUUUCGUGGAGACCGACGCGCUCUUCAUCGACCUCCUCGCCAGCAUCGAGGACAUUAGCGAAAGGCAGCAGAUGAAGGCGCGGGCCGUCAUCAUCGGCGCCAACGCCACGUCGCUACUCAACGUCAUAUCCGACGCCGAGCUUCGCAAGGAGGACAACUUUGAUAGGGUCUGGAAGAUCUUCGAGCGCCUCGACGAGGACUUUCCCGCACCGCUGUGCCCAUACGACGACUACGCCGACCACGUUACCGAAGACGACAUCGAGCUUGCACUCGACAUUCGCACGCAGCGGCUGAUUACGAGCCUGAAGGCCUUGCAGGACGACCAGCAGAAUCCUGCUGACAUCGCAGCGGAGCUUUUCUGCGUGCCUUUAGAGUCCUCUAUCGAUGCGGAAGAGGCUCUCCAAUAUGGACCGUUCAGGGGCAUCAACGGCCGCAUGGCGGAGCGUUUCGCAGAGAGGGCAAAACAAAUUUACGACGCCAUCGUGGACAAGAACGUGGAUGAUGCCAUCCAGGUCCUCGACGAGAUGUUCCCGCUCGAGGGGUCGCCUGAUCAGUCACAGAACGAAGCCGACGACGAGCCGGCCGACUUCAUCGGCAAGAUUUCCUCCUGGUGCAGCAAGAUGAUCGACGAACUCAGUGUUAUCUUGAAGGACCCGCCGCAAGGGCCGAGGGAAUCUUCUCCGACGGACUCCCUCCCCUCGAGCGCGCCACAGGAUAUAGUCCGCAACGACGUGCGCGAAGACAUCUUGUCCCGGUCAAACGUGCAACUCCUAGCAAAGCUCUCCCGCGAGCACCCCUCGCGCACACGUCCGUCUCCAUCACUAGCAAACUCCCAGCGCGGAUCCCAACGCAGCUCUCAGCGCGGAGCCACCGCCGAACCCAUCAUCAACGGCGGCAUUGGCGACGACUACUACGAAGAAGAGGCAGAGGACCAUCGUCGCCGUAACCCCUCCCCGGCGCCGAGCGACCUCUCAGCCAUCAUCGCAGGCCUCCCCAGCACCGCAAUCAUCCGCAGUACGCAACCUUCUUCCUCCUCCGCCAAAGCCGGCCCCAGCACCGCCGCCCCGCGCUCCUCCGACUUCAUAGCCGUCAACAACAGCGGCAGGAAACGCCCCCGCGAAACCUCCCUCUCCCACUCCCAACAAUCCCAAGAGUCCGACGACCCCUUCGAAGAAGACAACCGCGACCCGAACCCCCAACGAAGAGCCCAACUCGCCCGCGACCGCCGCGACAUGCCCCCUCCCCCCUCGAAACGCAAAACCCUCCCCUCAACCGCACCACCACCCCCACGCCAGCCCUCUUCCUCCGCCUCAUCAUCAUCAACAACAGCAACAACCACCGCCCUCCAACGACGCCCCCGCUCCUCCCUCCCAACCAGCGCCCCAGCCUCCUCAGCUCCCGCCUCCACCUCCGCCUCCCGAAGCAGCGUCUCGAGCACAGCCACCACCGUCGCCUCCUUCCGCGAAAUCAACGAGAUGAACCGCCGCCCAGCGUCCCGCGCCGGCCCGCAGCAGCGCGUCCCCUGGUCCGACAAAGACACCCACCGCCUCAUCCGGCUCAUAGAACACCACAACUGCCUCUGGGCGCUCAUCGCGAAACGCCAGAUCGCUGCUGCCAGCAACCUUGGAGGCGGCUACGGCGGCGACAGCUUCGAGGAGAGGGAGGACUGCGUCUUUGAUCACCCGCGAGACCAGCAAGCUAUCCGCGACAAGGCGCGGAAUCUCAAAGUCGAUUUGUUAAAAGCCGACUUGAAUCUCUACCCGGGCUUCGACGGUAUCGCCCUCGGCAAAAAGGAACGCCUGGCCCUCAUCGGCCGCGGAAAGAACCCGGACCGGAGGGAGGGCGACGUCGACGCGGCGGGCGAGCCCACGCAUACCGAGUACGUGCCGCUGGAGAGUGACGACGAAGACGAUGAGUUGUAUCUCAACAUCGUCAAGGUAUCCUUAUGGGAUGAGGGGAAAAGGGGGAUCCAGUUCAUGUACUAUGCAAGCCUGAAGGCGUUCAUGGGAUGGACAUGGGAUAUUCGAAUGCAAACCUCACUUUUUCAUCAGACGUGGUCCCGUCCCAAGCUUCACUUUAUUUCUGAAGUAUUCAUAGGCGGACAAGACAAAUCAAAAUUCGUGAAUAGAACAUCGGACCCUAUCAAGACUGCCCUACAGCUAUCGGCUGGCCUCUCCCGGAGAAUCACCAUAAUGGUUGGUUUCAACCUGCGUCUUGGCGAUGCUAGUGUCAUCCGGUUGCUCGAGUCGGAAAUGCUGGUAUACGUCGUCAUCUUGCCUGAGCUAUCGUCGAGUUGGGCUGAUAAUGCUGUCAUUUCGCCAUAUUUUGGGCGCCCUCCAACCAUAGAAGUUCGUAAGAAUUGGUAUGUGACAGAGGAAAAGGGGGUAUGCUGCGCGGUGCUCUCAAAUCUCAUCGACAAGUGCGGAAAUCAGGUGUAA